GGCUUUGCUUUGCAUUUGGCAGAAGAAGAAGAUGCUCCGAAAAUGUGGCGGCAAAUCGGGGACAGAGAAGCGGGAAAGCUCCGCCCAAAUUCGUUCUUAAAUCGAAUCAAGUCCACACGGAUCCAAACGCUCCAACUCUCCAAUCACAAAGACAUCAUCUCCCCUCAUCGCGGCUCCGUCAACACUCUCCAGCUCGAUUUGACGGAGGGCCGGUACCUGUUAUCCGGCGCCUCCGAUGCUUCCGCCGCCGUCUUCGAUGUCCAGCGCGGGACCGAUUACGGACGCGGCGGAGCUAUCACGAGGCACAAGUGCUUGUUUGCGGUGGAUAAGCAGCACGAGCACGGGCAUAAGUAUGCGGUGUCCUCCGCCGUAUGGUAUCCGGUCGACACCGGACUGUUUGUGACGGGUUCGUACGAUCAUCACAUCAAUGUUUGGGAUACGAAUACGACGCAGGUAGUGAUGGACUUCAAGAUGCCAGGGAAGGUGUACCGGACUGCAAUGUCCCCUCUGGCAACUUCUCACAUGCUAAUUGCUGCCGGUACUGAAGAUGUUCAAGUUCGCCUCUGUGAUAUUGCUUCUGGGGCUUUUGCUCACACCUUGUCUGGCCACCGCGAUGGUGUGAUGACUGUGGAAUGGUCUACUUCUAGUGAGUGGGUAUUGCUUACAGGUGGAUGUGAUGGUGCAAUACGUUUUUGGGACAUUAGACGUGCCGGAUGUUUUCGUGUUUUGGAUCAAUCUCAGUCUCAGCUUGGGAGGCGUCCACCCAUCCUGGAACGCUCUGCCACAAUUAAGGUUUUCUUCUUUGCUUUGCUGAGCCAAAAGUGUUUGUUUUCAAAUUACUGACCGCGUUCAGUUUUUAUGAUUAUAUUAUUUGCUUCACAGUUA